GUGACCGACCCACUGCAACCGGUCUGCAUAUGAAUGAUCAAAUUGGUUGACUCAGAUCGCUUCGGUUUUGUUAAUAUCUAAUUUUAUUUGAAAAAACUCAAAAAGAAAAGAGGGAAAGCAAAGCAUGGCCUAACACAGUCAAGUAUUCCAAUGAGACACCCUUCAAUCUUCGGAUUGGCAUUACUCUUCUCAUUUUCCGUUACGUCGUCUUCAUCUUUUCCACAAACACCAUUCUCUUCGAAGCGCUAUUCUCUUCUUCUCCUUCAAUCUUCCUCCAUCUCAUCCCCUAAAGCUACUCCCUCUGACUUAUUGUCUCUGCUGGGUCCCACACCUCACUCCAAAACCGUCAAUCCCGUUGUAGCACGUCAGCUCAAGUCAUGCCUCAAAUUCAUGGUCCCCUUUUCUCCCACACUCGAUGCCGAACCUCCACGUCAUAGGAAACUGGGCCGGGCCGAACUAACCGGCCCAAAUCGGAGAUACGAUAACGAUAUGAUUUGGUGGCCGCCUGAGCCUGUUUUAGAACUGGCCCGCCUCGCCGUCGAUUCCGGUGGCGACCCUGCCGCCAUUCAUCGCCUUCUUGAUCCAACCAUCAUUCCAGUACCUGAUGUGGAAGGAUCAAAUGAAGAGAAAUGCCAACUAACCAGAACUCCCUAUGGUAGACGCUUCAUUUCUGAGGAACUGAACAUGUAUAUGCAAUUUUUAUUUGAACUCAUUGUUGAUCGGGGUCCUUCUGUUGGGUUUGAUGUUGCCUUGAAUCGCUUUGAUUUAUUCCACGGCCAUCUCUUUCUAUCCUUUGACACUGGAAGGCUUGGUAUCUUAUUCCAUGCAAGGGAAUACCCGGCAUAUGAUAAACGAGUGUUCCCGUACAAUAUGGGUUUUUGUCAGAGAGGGUCCAAUGUGACAUAUGAUGAUUCAAUGAACUUGCGAAAUAUUCUGUGGCUGGCUCCUUUGCCUGACAAGUCCUCUAAAUCUUGGGUGGCACCAGGGGUUCUGGUAGUGCUGGAUGCUAGGCCUGAUGGAAUCAUAUACAGAGAUCUAAUACCAGAUUAUGUACAAAUUGCAAGGACUAUAUAUGAAGAUGAUCUCGGGGAGGUUGCUGUUGAUGUGAACAUCUUGAACGUAGGUUGUCAAAGUCAAAAUUAUCAACUAUUCAUUUGUUGAUGCUCGAUUGCAAAGAAGAUUGCUUAGUAGAUUUCCUCAGAUUUGUGAGGUUAAUUGAUGAUUGUGUGCCAUUACUGUGUAUGUUCGUGCAAUUUAUAUUAAAUUAGUUCUCCAACUUUAUUAUUUGUAAAUAAAUCUUCUGAUAUAGUAACGACCAUAACUUUAUAACGUGCACUCCCGAAGUCGAUUUUCGCAGCGCUUA